CGAAUUAGCGUCUUUCAAAGUUGAGAUUUUUCGAUCUCUCAGGUGAGAAACAAAUGGCUGAGGAAGAAGGUUUCAUAUACAGAAUCAGUACGGCUCAAGAGUGGGAAGAGUUUAAGAAGAAUGGAUCAUCCUUUGGUGGAGAACUCGACAAAUCAACUGGUUGUUUUCAUCUCAGCAAGCUCGAUCAGGUACAAUCGACAUUGAAGAACUUUUUCAUGAAUAUUAAAGAGGAUCUUUACCUUCUUCAAAUCGAUCCUAAGAAGCUUGGGAAUGGAUUGAUCUAUGAAGCUGUGGAUGAAGUGAAUAGCUUCCCUCACUUCUAUGGUCCAGACAAAACCUUCGUUCCUCUUCCUCUAGAUUAUGUUGUCAAAGCUGAGAAGUUAACAUUCAUCAAUGGCAAUUUCACCUGCAGCUUCUUGACUUGAUGAUCCACUGGAUUAUGUAUCUAUCUAUUGCAACACCGCUUUUUAUAAUUAAGAAAAUUAAGAAAGCUUUUGUUUCC